AUGAAUGAAACCUCCAUACGACAGGAAUCCGAAUCAACGAAAUUGGAAGAAAGAGAUAAGUGGAGAACAAGACUGAAACAGCCUAAACCCAUGGCUUUUCCAUUACGCCCACUUGAAGAAACUGGUUGCAGUAAACCUGCUACUACUUCUUACUCGACUAAUGUCAGGCCACCCGAGCCAGCUACACCAGCAAUGGUGCAGAAUGGGAGAUGGUAUUUAGUGGGGAAGGGUGGUAAGCCAGGAAGAGAAUUAACCAAUACCCAGGCCAGACGGAUCAAAAGAAAAUACGGCAAGGCCAAGAGGGAAAUGGAAUACCAAUCAAGGCAAUCAAGCCCACCUAGGGCCCAUCAAGCCACCAGGAACGAGUUCCAACGCGAAGGAAGAUCAACGGUAGGUAUGCUCAGACCCAGAGGCGCGCCCGAAAAUACCACCCGAACAGAGAAAACCGAAUCAAGACCAUACCUGGAAAAUAAAGAAGCAACAGAAAGGUCGAAGCCCGAAUUGUUCCCCAAACCAGGUUGUGGGUCACGACCAUCCUGUGCGAGAAUGCCAAGACUGGGAGCAGGUAAAACUAUUCUAAGGCAACCAGCAAUGACAACUAACCAGGACAACUCCGCCGAAAAGCUUAACAAGAGCACCAACCCAGAAGCUGGAGAAGGAUCGUACAAACCGAUUACGCAGAUCACAAUCCCAAAAAAGGCGCAGCAAGCCAGCUCAGCUAUAGAAGAAGAGGAAACAGAUAACAUGUCCGAAGAUGAUAAUGACGAUUGGUUGGACUAUGAGCUCAAUCAUGAAGAAUUCAAGGCAACCUUAGGACUACGAACAAAAGAUGAGGAUAGACAAGCGUUUAUGGAAAGCCAGCCUGAUCCCAUGCCAGCUAUAGUGUUCAGAACAAUAGAAGAAGUUGGUGAAUCGACGAUUGGGAAACUCAUCUUGGCGAUUGAGGAAUCAGCAACUCUACAAAAACCCAUGAAGAAUGAAGUUGAAACUGAAUCCUCAAUGAAUCAGGCCAUCAAGUGUAGAGAAGAGACCACUGCACAAGGAAAUAUGCCAGUAAAUAUGGCAUACGUCCUCCCCGCCUUUUACAGGUCGAAAGAAGGACAACCAUGCAGCAUGGAAGGUGACAUCCUGAUCGAAGAACACGUCGUUGCUCUGAUUGGGAUACAUGAUGAUGGUGAUGACAAACUAGACAAUCCGCAAAUGACUGAUUCGGGCCUAGAGCACAAAGGCCUAGGCUCCCCAAAGAGGGAGACCCCUCGAGUGUUCUUCACUAGACCAACUAGGUCUAUGAUGCGGCACCUGAGACCCUUGUUCAUUUCCGCCAGAAUUAACGGUGUCCCUUUCAAAAAUGUCUUGAUCGACGGAGGGGCGGCCGUCAACAUCCUAACUUUCAAAAGAUUGGAGAAACUCGGGAAAAGAACUAUCACGGCAACACAUGGGAUUUUGAUUACCGAAUUUGAAGUCGGUUCGAAGAAUUUACUAGUGUCAUACUUAGUAGUUGAUAGUACAUCUUCUUACCAUGCAUUGAUGGGUAGAGACUGGAUACAUCAGAGCAUGUCCAUACCUUCCUCCCUCCAGCAAGAAUUAUUAAUGUGGGAUGAGGAAAUAGAAGAUUAUGAAAUGAUCAAAGCAGAUUCUCAGCCUUUCCUGCCUUCAGCCAACAAUGUUGAUGCAAGAUUUUACAAUGAGGAUAUCGCUCCUUUCACUGUACCUGAACUCAUCAAGAACGGCCACUCUCCCCCCACAGGAAGAGGGGGCAUUUCUGCUAAUCAAUACGCUAGCAGAAAGAGUAAAGGAGAUGAGGAAGAGGAGCAAUUGUUAGAUGGAAAUUCCGCCAAUUACAUGGCAGAAUUCGUCUCAGAGGAAGCUUGGACCGAAACCAUCAGAGUAGAGGAAGAAAUCCAACUUGCACCCACCAAGUUGAGUUAG